AUGGUUGAUUACCAUGCAUUCCAUCUUGCUGCCGAGGCCACCUUUUCUAUUCUGGCGAUUUCUUGCAGUCUUUACAUCAUCUUCCUGGCAAUGUAUCGCACAAAGAAUAAGGCGGUGAAAGUGUAUUCGCAAAUGUUGGUGAUGAACGCGUGCGUAGACUUGGGUUAUAGUCUUUGUAAUCUGAUUGGAUUGCCGGUAAACCAAACCUUGUGGAUUGUUGUACACGCGGUAUUUAGAUCUUCUACAUUUACGAUGGGCUUUUCUUUCUGUCCGCCGGAAACCCUCUGCUCAAGGACUUGCCCUGGUCAGCCAACAUCGUCACGAGUUUUCAAGGCUUUCUGAUCUACGUGUCCGUCGUGAUCAUUCCCAUUCAGUUCAUGUACCGCUACAGUGUCAUCACGAACAAACCCUACACCAGCCCGCAGCUCAUUCGCAUCUUCAUGAUCGGCAUUACGUACCCACUUUUCCAUGGUAUUCUCUGCUUCUACACCUUCAAAGAGCCUUCGCCCGAGUUCGAUAAGAUUUUUAUUGGGGAUCCCGUUAUUGGCUCGUUGGGAUAUAUCCCACCGUAUCGGGUUGGCGACUGCGCCAACUCGAAGUUAAUGGCCGUGCACAUGAGCAAUUGCAUGGUGAUGACGGUGGCCAGCUAUAUUGUGAUCAUGAUCGUCUACCAGAGGACAAGAGAGGCCUUCAUUCGCAUGGAGCCGCAAAUGACGGAGCAGACAAAGAAGGUGCAGAAACAAAUGGAGAGGGUUAUUUUUAUUCAGGUAAGACGACCAUUGUAAAAAAUCACAAAAAAGUUGUUAUGAAAAAUCAUAAAAAAGUGAUUCCCGCGCUCGCAAUGGCAUUAUGCUCACUAUUUUCCGACGGACUGAUAUUUCCGUACUUUUGCCAGCCUUUAUAAAUUUUGAAUAAUUUUUCAGGCUGUUUUCCCGAUCGUGGUGCUUUUCAUCCCCGGCACUGUUCUACCAAUCGCAUCUUUGCUGAAGAUCAACGUAACAAUGAUGGGAGAAUUUGUUGCCAUAAUGCACACAACUCCGGUUUUCAACUCAUUCUCGGUUGUGCUGUGCGUCCCCACUUAUCGCCGCACGUUCCUGAGCAUUUUCUGCCGGCCAAAGUUCGUUAAUCCUGGCUCCAGCAACAACAAGAACACACAUACCAACACUGACUCUGAUGUUGUUUUUUAA